AUGGCAGAUGUCCCGGCUGCCCAACCCCUCCUCCUCUCGAGCCCCACCGAAAGGCCCCCUCGCUCCAAGAGUCCGCGCCUUCUGGUGUCCGUGGGAAGAUGGGGGAUCAAGGUGCUGAUGUGGGUCAUCUUGGUCGCCUGGCUGGGUCUGAUCUUCUUCCUCCCCACUGAUUCCGCAUGGAGACGGUUCCAGGGGUUCUUGUUCGCGACAGAAGGAACUGUUUUCGGCUUGACGGGUCCGGAUCCUUCCUCCAUUCCUCCAGAUUUAAGUGACGGGAUAUCGUUUGAUCAACAAACCGAGGCCUUUUUCUUCUUUUUUUUCUCGUCUCCUGAUUUCAGGCAGCGUGUUCCUUCUCACGAGCGCCCCUAUACUGGUCGUUGCAUUGCUAGCAUACAUAUACGUGGUCUCUUUCUCCGAAGAGCACCAUCGGUAAUAACCAAAGCGAAUUCAAUGAGAUUGCCCAUAUAGUCUGCUUUAGGGGAGAAGGCUCAUCUGAGUAUUGUGAUGAUGAUAUAUUUGGAUUAGCCAUACCCAGCUGUCCAUCUUCUCCAUCUAAAGUUGCUUUCUCAAUGAACAGAAGGGCCCCGAGGUUUCCGAGGUUGAAGCUGUGGACUUUUCCCGUCCUCCUGGACGGACCUUUCGGAGUCGUCUCGGCAGCCGAGCUCAUCGGGAUAGUCCUCUUCACUGCUUAUGUCCUUUCGGGCAUCUCUGCAUACACCAUGAAAAUUUCGAGCUUGGAAAAGAAAGAAAGGUGCUUAUUCCUGUGCCUUGAUUUGAAUUUAAUGAACCCCAGAACAUUAGAUGUCCACCCAAAUACUUCAUUUAUUCGCAAGCUCAUUAUUUCGUCGAUACAAGAAACAGUAACUUUAUUCGGAUGGAUAUAUCCACAUAAAUCAUGGCCUGAUGUGGACAAUAUUGCGCAUUUGCAGUUCCUUUAUCUUGGAAUUGUUGGGCCUAGGCAUGGCUUUUAUUGGGAUGUGCUGCACGUCCUUCUUGUUCCUUCCAGUUGCAAGAGGGUCAAUCCUUCUUCGUUUAAUAGACAUCCCCUUCGAGCAUGCGACGAGAUACCACGUGUGGCUGGGGAAUUUGACGAUGAUGCUCUUCACCCUACACGGAGUAGGUUUUAUUGCCUCCUGGGCACUCCAGGGCGUUCUACUCGAUAAAGUGAGUGAAGAUAUCACAUAACAUUUUCAACUGUUCAGCAUGUAAAUAUUAGAUCUUUACUGAAAUUACCCUGCGAUUUGGAAUUGAUUGUCCUCCACAAACAAAAAACAUUAGGAAGACUGCAUUUCCUUUAUGCCACUAGAAGCAAAUCAAAGCUUCCAGUCGAUGCUUGUUUUCUACCUUUCCGAGCCAACCAUUGAAACUGAUCGUAUGAUGUUCUUCCGCCUCUUGCCAGUAUGCUGAUUUCUACUUCCCAUGUUGCAGUUGUUGGAGUGGAGGAGUGUUGGGGUUGCAAAUUUGGCUGGGGUGAUCAGCCUUUUGGCUGGGUUACUCAUGUCGGUCACGUCCUUGCAUCCGGUCAGAAAGAGAUACUUCGAACUUUUCUUCUACACGCAUCAGCUUUACUUCGUCUUUGUCAUAUUCUUAGCCAUGCACGUUGGAGACUUCAUAUUUAGUUUUUCUGUUGGAGGGAUAUUUCUCUUCACAGUUGAUCGAUUUCUGAGGUUCUGCCAGUCAAGAGCUACCGUCAAUCUAAUCUCAGCAUCGUGCCUCCCCUGUGGGACUGUGGAGUUAGUCCUCUCAAAACCACCAAGUAUCUCUCUCUCUCUCUCUCUCUCUCUCUCUCUCUCUCUCUGUGAUAACGUCUCAUAAUAGAUAGAGAUUGUUUAUCUUCCAGUCUAAACGUGGAAAAUAACGUGCACCCUUCUCUCAGGUCUGAAGUACAAUGCCCUCAGUUUUAUUUUUCUGCAAGUAAGGGAGCUCUCCUGGUUGCAAUGGCACCCCUUCAGCGUUUCUUCCAGCCCUCUGGAUGGCAAAACCCAUCUUGCAGUCCUCGUAAAGGUACUGGGAGGGUGGACUGAAAAACUCAGGGGCGUCAUCGCACCUGUUCCGGAUGAAUCCUCCCAGGGAUCCUCUUCUUUCAAGGUCAGCAGGAUAACAGCUUCAGUGGAAGGUCCCUACGGUCACGAAGUAGCAUACCACCUGAUGUGAGUGAUCUUCAACAGUGACUUGUUUAUUUUUAUUUUUUGUAGUCGGCUAGAAAGCUCACUUAUUUCUUCCUCAUUAUCAACCUGACGGGUGUUUCUCCUCUUUAAGGUACGAAAACCUGAUCCUUGUCGCCGGAGGGAUCGGCAUAUCGCCCUUUCUGGCCGUUCUGAGCGACAUCCUUCACAGAGUAGAACAGAAGAGGCCUUGCCUGCCCAAGAACAUACUGAUCAUCUGGGCCGUCAAGAGCUCCAGGGAGCUUUCGCUUCUCUCUGUGGUCGAUUCACAGAACAUUUGCCCGUCCUUCUCCAGUAAGCUGAACCUGGACAUCCAAGCUUACGUCACGCAGGAGUCGCAGCCCUCACUGGUAUACCCCCUACGCUUGUCUGUGGACAACAUCAGCUGACCUGGGAUCAUCACUAAUCUCCAGCGCAUUCUGUGCUGCUUCUUACAGGAAGAAGGCGAGACUUCCAGGGACAUGAAAAUGGGCUGUUCCUCUCUUCCGGCCAUGUCCAAUGGAGGCCCGAUGUCGAGCUUGGUCGGCACAGGGAAUAGCUUUUGGGCCGGAGCUUACUAUGCUGCAUCCUUGGCCGGCUUUAUCGUCUCCUUUGCCUUGCUGCAAAAAUUCUACACGAUACCAUUUGGAGUAACUGCCUGGUGGUACAAAGGGUUUCUGUUCUUGACGUGCAUGGUUGCCAGCGUGAUCGUAUUCGGAGGUCUUGUUAUUUUGCUUUGGCGUCACUUCGAGAGAGAGAACUCCAGUCACGAGGAAGGCGCAGAAAGUGAGGAAGAUUUUGACUUUAGGGAAAACAUCAAGCCGGAGGUGGCUGGUGAGCCGGCUACAUCGGAUAUCGUGAGCUUGAUUACUACCCAUUACGGGCGCAGGCCACAUCUUCAAGGUACGGCGUUCCGUUUAUGGUGCACCGCUUAGUUUCUAUAAAGUCGGGCGAGAAGUAUGACUAAUUUUUUUAAUAUUGCCUGACAAUCUCCGAUGGCGUUGACCUCUGGUUGUUCUUCGAUGCUUUUGUCAGAUCUGUUCGACUCCUUCUCGCGGGCGGUGGGGCAUGUCGACGUGGGCGUUCUUGUGUGUGGCCCAUCUGGGCUUCAAACGAAUGUCGCGAGAGAGUGCAGGAGGCAGACAAUCUGGGGCAAAUGGGACCAACCGAUCUUCCAUUUCCACAGCCACAGCUUCGAUCUGUAG